AUGGGUUGCUGUGGCUGUAGAGGCAACAGCUGUGGUGGCUGUGGUGGUGGCUGCGGUGGCUGUGGUGGCUGCGGUGGCUGUGGUGGCUGCGGUGGCUGUGGUGGCUGCGGUGGCUGUACCACAUGUACCUGCCGCCGUGUGGGCUGCUGCUCUGCCUGCUGCCCCUGUUGCUGUGGCUGCUGUGGAGGCUGCUGCAGUCCCAUGGUCAUCUGCUGCCACCGCACCUGCUGCUCUGGCUCUUGUGGCUCCUGUGGCUGUGGCUGUGGUGGUGGCUGUGGUAAGGGCUGUGGCUGUGGCAAGGGCUGCUGCCAACAGAAAUGCUGCUGCCAGCAAUGCUGCUGUAAGAGGCAAUGCUGCUGCUAGAGGAGAGAAGUCAGGACAGGGUCUCCAGGAAGGACCUGCUGGGGGCACAUGCACAGUAUGAAGGUAAGACUGUCCUCCCUUGCAGCAAAUCUGCUCCUUUCUUCCUUGUAAAUCAUCUGUGGUGUUGACAUGGGGAAAGGAGGAAAGAAAGUUUGAGAGAAAGAGAUGCAGUAGACUCUGGGACCAAGGUGAGGAGGGGGAUUGUGAAAAGGAGUAAAAGGACCCAGAAUAAGAAUUAGAACUCUUAGAUAAAGGUACACAUAUGUCUUUUGCUUUCUUCUGUCUUCCUACUGAUUCCUUGGUUAUUCUUAAUAAAAAUAUACCAAAUAACCAUAAACCCAGCAUUCUUUUUCUUAUUUCUGUGUCUGUUCUCUUUUUUUAUGCCUCAUAAUAUCAAUCAAAUAA